UAUAAGCCGACUGCGAUUCGUCAAUCGUCAGUGUCCGCUCACUAGACGGUAGACCGUAGUAUCCAUUUACUCAAUUCAACAAUCCUUUUAAAUUCGUUUACCGAGCUUCCCGUACCGUUUGGGACUUCUGUUGAUGAGCUUUCCCUGCGAAAGCCCGCCCGGGGAACCGAAUGAAUACGUCUUUCCCUUGUUUAUAAUUGACUACACAACAGUUUACCGCGUCGUGCUUGUUUGUGAACGUCUAACGACAAAACUAUGGAUGCCUUUGAAUUCCACGCUCCCCAAUUUGUGGAGAGAUUGGAUACAAAAGUUUCGAUCAUGGAAAACGACGGAGCGGACGAGUACUUUGAUAUCCCCGAAUUCAACAGUUAUACCGAUUCAAAUGAGAAAUCUGUCCCCUCGACGCCAAAGCUAAAUGUGGAAUUAAAAGAGAAGUUCUUUACACCAUUGGUCCAUCCAACGAUAUCACCAUCAAAUGUUUUAUCUGAUAUAACUAACAGUAAUGGCAAAGGCAGUUUUAAAACACCUGGCAAAUAUCCCAAAGGAGAGAGACCUAUCAUGAAAGCCAAAAGGAGAGUUUCAAACUUGAAUAAAGAGGCUGAAACAGAAGGGUUAAAAAAGGAGGAAAAUAAAUUAGUUAGCACAUUCGAAGGCAUUCAGUUAAAUUCGAUUCCACCAGAAAAACAGCACUCUAUGGUAACAAGACACGAUGUUUUCAAGAGUCCUAAAAUUGAGUUAAGAAACAGAGUAGUGGACAGAGAAACACUAAAAAGAAAAGGUUCUCCGAUAAAGUAUGGGGGAAAAUAUCAGACGUUGGCUGAAAAGGUGUUUCAUUUUCAAAAUGACACCCCGCCUAGGUUUAAGUCAAAAUCUAUAAGACCAUCAACUGCUCCAGUUGAAAGGACAAAAUUAACUUUAACAAUGGCUCAUUCACCAAAAUUGGCAACAAAGCUUAGAACACGUGCACCUCCUGUACCUUCUCAAGUAGAAAACACUCUUGUAAAGGCGAAUCCUGUAAAUAAAAAUAUAUUCAGACCCCCAGUGUUGAACAAACCACCACCAAGGCCAUCCACUAUCCCUGUACCUUUUAAAUUGACUGAGGUUAAGCCUAAGGAAUCAAAUAAAACAUUGACUGAACCCUUUAAAUUUAAGGCCAGGCCAACGCCUAGGCAGACUAGAGCUAUGAAUACAUCGACUGUUUCGAGCCUUUUGACACAAAGCGAUAAUAAUGAAAAGAUGGAUAGUAGUAUUUACAAAGGUCUUAAAACAGUCACUGGUGGUUUGCAAUCAACUAAAAUCAAACCUUUUAGCUUUGACGAAAGAAACAAGACAAAACAAUUAGAAAAAGAGGAAAAAAUCAGAAAGAUUCUUGAUGAACAAACUAAGAUACCAAAAUUCACUGCUCAACCACCACCAUCUAAAACGAGGUUUGCUGCCUCGUCCAAGACGGUAAAAUCAGCACCAAAGGCCCAGUAGUGUUCAUACCCACACGUUGAGUUGCUGAUCAACCUCGACUUUUAUCAAGCUAUAUUUUCAUCUUUUAAUUUGUUUUCACAAAAAUUAUUUUACUGUUUAUUAUCUCCGUCUUGGUAAUUUGAACUAAUAAUUACAAGAUGGUUCGGGUCAGUAAUUAACGUAAUUGGAAAUAAUUUGAGUAAUAUAUAUUUCGCACUAAAUAAAAAUAUUGGAUGUUCGUAUUUUUAAAAAAGAAAACCACAAUAAAUGGAUUAUUUAAAAAUUUUUUUUUACCUACAUAUUUCAUUAUAAACAUCAUUUUUAUUAAAAGCAUGAUUGAUUAAAAAUAAUUAGGUGUGUAAAUGUACUUUUGUAUCACAGUAUGUACUGUGUAUUAUAACAAAGUUACGUCGGACAUAAAAAAUUAACUGAAAAUUUGUUUGGAUUGUUGAGACUGAACUCUAUACAUUAAUUUUACAUAUUGGCUGUCUGAAAUAAUGAAUACAUAUUUUAAUAAAUUUUUGAACAAUAA